GUCGCACUCAGUUACUCCCUGUUGCACCGUGAAGAUCACAUCUUGAAUCGUGUGUGCGUGUUUAAUUUCGUACCACCCAUCCUCCUCCGUUGCCGCGCGUUCGUACCUCGAGUCAACUUCCCGUUUCGGAAAUAAAGUGUUGAAAUUGUGUAGAAAUGGGUAAAACUCCAGCCAUUGGAAUCGACCUGGGAACAACGUACAGCUGCGUUGGAGUCUGGCAGCAUGGCAAGGUGGAAAUUAUUGCCAAUGAUCAGGGCAAUCGAACCACACCGUCGUACGUUGCCUUCAAUGACACCGAACGGCUGAUCGGCGAUGCAGCUAAGAAUCAGGUGGCGAUGAAUCCGAAGAACACGGUUUUCGACGCCAAACGGCUGAUCGGUCGUCGCUACGACGAUUCGAAAAUUCAGGAUGACAUGAAACAUUGGCCGUUUACCGUUGUUAACGACUGCGGCAAACCGAAAAUCCAGGUCGAAUUCAAGGGCGAAACGAAACGCUUCGCACCGGAGGAGGUCAGCUCGAUGGUGCUGACCAAGAUGCGCGAGGUUGCCGAGGUGUACCUCGGUGGCAAGGUAACGGAUGCGGUGAUCACUGUGCCGGCCUACUUUAAUGAUUCCCAACGGCAGGCUACCAAGGAUGCUGGCGCAAUUGCCGGGCUGAACGUGAUGAGAAUCAUCAACGAACCCACGGCAGCCGCAUUGGCCUACGGUCUGGAUAAGAACCUCAAGGGUGAGAAAAACGUAUUGAUUUUCGAUUUGGGAGGCGGUACCUUUGACGUCUCGAUUCUGACCAUCGAUGAAGGUUCACUGUUCGAAGUGAAGUCAACGGCUGGGGAUACCCAUCUGGGGGGGGAGGAUUUCGAUAAUCGCAUGGUCAAUCACUUUGCCGAGGAGUUCAAGCGCAAACACAAGAAAGAUAUGGGCAGAAACGUUCGAGCACUGCGCAGGCUGCGUACGGCUUGCGAACGCGCUAAGCGCACUUUAUCAUCAAGCACGGAAGCUUCACUGGAGAUCGAUGCCCUCCACGAGGGUAUUGACUUCUAUUCGAAAAUAACACGCGCUCGCUUCGAAGAGCUUUGCAUGGAUUUAUUCCGUUCGACACUUGCCCCGGUUGAGCGCGCCCUUGGGGAUGCCAAACUCGACAAAGCUUCCAUCCACGAUGUCGUUCUCGUUGGCGGUUCCAUUCGUAUCCCGAAAAUCCAGAAAAUGCUGCAGGAUUUCUUCUGUGGAAAAGCAUUGAAUCUAUCGAUCAAUCCGGAUGAAGCGGUUGCUUACGGGGCAGCCGUCCAAGCAGCGAUCCUCAGUGGUGAUGGAAGUUCCCAAAUUCAGGACGUACUGCUGGUGGAUGUGACACCGCUGUCACUGGGAAUCGAAACGGCCGGAGGCGUUAUGACCAAGAUUAUCGAGCGAAACUCCCGAAUCCCUUGCAAGCAACAACAAACCUUUACGACUUACAGCGAUAAUCAAAACGCUGUCUCCAUUCAGGUAUUUGAGGGAGAACGCGCCAUGACCAAGGAUAAUAAUCUGCUAGGAACAUUCAAUCUUACGGGAAUACCACCAGCACCGCGAGGUGUUCCAAAAAUCGAAGUCACCUUCGAUUUGAACGCUGACGGUAUUUUAAAUGUAUCGGCCAAAGAUAACAGCACCGGCAAACAGGAGAAGAUCACUAUCAAGAACGAUAAGGGUCGCCUGUCGAAGGCCGAUAUUGAUCGGAUGCUUUCCGAGGCCGAAAAGUACCGCGAGGAAGAUGAGCGGCAGAGAGAAAAGGUUGCCGCUAGGAAUCAGCUAGAGGGCUACAUUUUCAACUGCAAACAGGCCGUCGAAGAUGCCCCGGCCGGAAAGCUGUCGGAUGCGGAUAAGCAAACGGUGAAGGAUAAGUGCGCUUCGGAGAUGUCUUGGUUGGAUUCGAACACAUUAGCUGAGAAAGAUGAGUUCGAGCACCACCUGAAGGAGUGUCAACGUAUUUGCGGACCGAUUAUGGCGAAAAUGCACCAGGGUGGUGAAGGUGGAGCUACCAGCGGAAAGGGACCGACCGUCGAGGAAGUUGAUUAAAUGUUUCGCUUUACUUAGUCAGAAACUGUUGUUCAUUAUUUUUGUGUUUUUCAUCCAAUUUAGCCACUAACGAAGUUGUUGACGCUUAUGUUUUUUUUUAUUAUGUUACCUACUUAUUUAUUUACAGAACUGGGAAAUUGCAUAAUUGAAAUAUACCAUAAACUAACAUGAA